AUGCACAGUGUCCUCUAACACUUUUCAUCUUCCAUAUCACCUCCAGGGCGUAACAUUACCAAUGAUUCGAACUAGCUUCACAGUUGGAAACCAAUACCUGCAGUAGCUCUCAGAGAAAUCCUGAGAAUAUACAAAUAUAACUUAAAUAUUAAUAAGUUAAAUUCCUCAUUUAACUAACCCCUAUGAGUUUAACGCACCGGCUUCAGAAAUCUGGGACGCCUUCCUCCUCAGGAGCGUCUCCUGUGAACGUGUACCCUUCCUGUGACAGACGUCUCUUCAAAGGGAAGCAACUGAAUGAUUCAUUUCCAUGAAAUGUGCUGCAACUGGAACAAACUCUUUCUGUAUCUUUCAUGUUCCUCUAUUCUUUAUUUGAGGUCUCUGGUUGUUUUUCAUGUUGACAGCAUGACAUCGCUCCUCUGAUUGGUAUCAUUUACCUGUAUGUGGAGCGCUGAAGGAGUUUGUCUUUCUCGUCUGUUUUACACCUGUAACUCCAGUGAUUGUGUGUUAGGUUCUGUGCUGGGCGACUUGCACUCCGUACUGUACCCGAAUGCUGCCUGUGCACUGACCACGCUGCUGCUGGCGUGCUGCUUUCACUGCCUGUGUCGAUACAGCAUCACUCACCAGUGGCGUAUCGAGGUCUGGUCCGUCUCUGCAGGGCUCCCUCUGAAGCUGAAUUCACAUGAUUGCAGGAAAACAGAGUGGUGUGCAUGAUGUUGCUAUCGCAACAGUGCUGCACUGUUGAACUGCGACCUGACCUGUGCUGACCUUUGACAGAAGGCUACUCUCUGUGCUGCCAUUAGACGGUGAGCGUUUCUGAAAAAAACGUAAUGGCAAGUCAUUUUGAGACCAGAGUGAACAUGUCUGUGGGCUGAAACAUGGCCUUCAGGUACAAAAAUACUGCUGCUGAGUGUUUGUAGUGUUACAACUGUCAACAGCUGUUGCCUCCAGGUGUUGGGAAAAGUCAUUCGUCUGGCGGCUUAAUCAGAACAGGUGAGGACAGGGUAUCAGAUCUGCAGGUAGCAGCAGAAAUGACUGUUGUCUUCUCUCAGCUUAGCAGCUGUUGUCUCCUCAGGUCCCAUACAGCACAGGGGCUUCAUUUUACUGCUGCAAUGUAAACAUGACUCAAGGCAGCAUCAGGUUCAACCGGUCAGAGGGUCAUCAGGACACACAUUUAAUAGCACUCAGGUCUGCUUUUGGUUUUACUUGGAUUGUUAGAUACUUCAAAUACUUUGUCUCUUCAACAAAAGAGGCCUAGUUAAGUCUUGAGCACAGAGAGGAAAAACCAGGGAAUCUACACUGUUAACGUGUUUCAGUCAGAUGGGACCUGAGAGGCAUGGAGGACUGUGGCGAGUUCACACAGGCACAGUGGUGAUGCAUGUCCUUUGAACAUGGUGUCUGAAUCCUAAUGUGAACGCAGCAUUUCCAAGUCCCGCAGAUGGACUUUCUCUGUAUCGUUCACAGACUUUGGCUGAUACUUGCUGGUUUGAGCUGUGUGGAAGCACAGACACUGCUUCUCGGUUCUUGCUGAACGCCUUAAAGCCUGAGACUCUGUGGCUGCGCUGUGCAUUAAUCUUCCCUGUGUAUUGUGUCCUCCAACUCACCUUUGAACAUGUCUACAACUUGUCUGUGAAAUGUGGUUUGGUUUGAAGUCACAGACUGGUCUGUAGCCAAGGUAAUGUGUUUGUAAUGUUUUUAAAGAAGGACCUGAUGUUCAUGUUGUUACCUUCAGUAAACAGACCAGAACCACCACACUGCACCGGUGAUGUCUCACACCGCAGCUAUGGUCACUGGUGUCACAGAUACCAGUGAGUGUGACUGGGCCCAGUGUUAGAGCUCUGGUGAAGCCAUGACGACGUGCAGAGCCAAACCAACCACGUGCUCUCUCACUACGCAGACUUCCCAUCAUACACAUUAUAUAAAGUGUGUUGUAUUCUCUUCUGUGUACCAAAUCUAAUUCAGGCUGGCCUUGCCAUUGGCCAGUCAGCAUAAUGCUCUGCCACUGUAUAUUUUAACACAGAUUGAGGGUAAGAAUGUGACAUUUUUCCUUAUUAGGAUUGAUAUUUCUGAGUCCUGGGGAACCUGAGUGGAGGUAUGAGAUGCCUGAGCGUUUCCAGGGGAACCUGUUUGUGCCCUUCAACUCUGCACAGUCACAUUAAAGCCAGCUGUAACACUAUAUGAAUGAAUAGUCUUUAUUGUCGUAUAACGUCAUUACUGAGUGGACUCUAACCCCGUGGGUGCAGCUGAAUGGCUGGAACCAGGUGAUCCAGCUGAAGGAGGCGCAGCAGGAUCAACCUGUUUUUCCCUCAUGCUCCGGUAGGCAGAUGCCUUGCGGACCUUGUCGGUGUUGCUGACAGAUGCUCCCUGCUCAUUUAUUCACACACUUUACUCAGAGCAGUGUGGUCUGAUCGUCCCAGGAGAAGCUCAGACAAACUGUUUUAUCAGAGGGAGUUUAAAGGCAAGCAGUAACAGAUUGGUAUGUAUAUAUUUCCUAUACUCUAUUUUUACACUUAUUCCUUGUGUUUUUAAUGUUUUCCCCUGGUAUUUUAGUCUUUAUACAUUACUUUGGGUGCUGUGAUUUUGGUAAUCAUUGCUAAAAACUUAGUCCAGUUGAUUUCCUAAGUUUUUUUUGUUUCUUUUAAGAGGAAGAACAACAAUGGCAAGAUGGAAUUCCAAGCACCAGGUUUUGCUGUGCACACUCGUAUUGGUGCCAGUGAUUGUUCUGGUCUCAGUCGCCCUGCAGAGAUACAGCAGUACGUUAAUGGCAGGUGAGUGGAAUCGUGCUUUAUUUGAAGGUCUUGGCAGGAACAAACAGGCCUCCAAGGUGUCGUCUCAACAGUCAGCUACAUCGUGCGAGUUGCUGACCUGUGUAGAAAAUCAGUUCAGCUUCUUCAUGCACACUGGAGCUGCCAAUGUUGUGCCUGCAAAGAUCUGCGUCCAAAACAAGCUAGUUCUUGGAACAGUAUUGAACAACGCUGGAUAUGGAAUAAACAUUGUUGUACUAGAUGGUACAAAAGGAGAGGUCAUAAAGACCGGGCACUUUGACAUGUAUGGUGGUGAUGUGAAAACUCUGAUUGACUUCCUGAAAAGCAUUGAGAAGAGCUCUAUUGUGCUGAUGGCGACCUACGAUGACUCUUCAACAAAGUUAAAUGAUGAGGCGAGGAAAGCGAUUGCAGAACUGGGAAGUUCUCACAUCCAGUCACUGGGCUUCAGAGACAACUGGCUGUUUGUUGGUGGGAAAGGAGUAGCAGGGAAGAGCAACUUUGAGAAGUACCUUAAGAACGACCAAUCAACCAAUAAAUACGACGGCUGGCCCGAGAUCAUUGAGCUGCAGGGAUGCAUCCCCAGUUUCUUGGAGUAACCUGGCUUGACAAUGUUCCAGAGACCUACAGCCUGGUAUUUACAUCUGCUUUGGCCAGCUGGGCUGGAUGAGCUGGUUUUUCUCUUGACAACAUAAUGACAAGUACAUUCAGGUAACUCCGCCGGCUCUCCAGCUAUGUCUUAGACAGAAUGUGAAACAGACUGACGGACAUUUCCCUCACAUUUUUAUGAAGUACGGUAUUCAGAAUGCUCUGGAUCAUCUGCCCUCAUUGCAGAAUAAUUCAGUGACUAUAAGGACUUGUGUGGCACUCUUCUUUUGAUACUGAUGAUUGGAUAUUUGUGUCUAAUAGCUACUUUCUCUGGGUUUUGAUGUUUCUGGUGACAACUGGUUCAAAUGAUCUCUCUGCUUCAAACAGUUGUUGGUGACAGUUUAAAGACAUGUUUCCAGAUGGUCGGUUAAGGCGUUUCUCAGGGAUCUGUGUACUAUCUAUGGAUGACCACAGUUUACUGGACCUCUGUACCUCUGCCGUCUUGGGGUUCUGCGUAACGACUCUGUGUUACCAGUGUUUGGAGUUUCUUUUGCAACAACUUA